UCAGAAAGCACACAUACUGCUCGGACAGAAUUUUGACCCACAAUCUGUCUAAAAAGACACAAGUGGGUGCUUGGAAAAAUGUGACGUCUGUAGGGAUGUGGAAACAGAGACACACGGCUUUGUGGGAGAGUUUAGUAAAGCCCCAGAGAGCCGAGAGAGAGAGAGGGAGAAAAAUAAAGAGAGAUAGAGAAGGAAAUUUAGAAAGGGAGAGGGGAGUGUCUGUUUAAGAGCUUCCUGUGAAGAGCUGCAGACAUAGAGAUGGUAUAGAAAGGAAAGAAAGAAGGAAAGAAAGCUGGCGACAGGUGAAACUGAAAUCACAUCAUUUACUUCAAGAAGCGGCAUGAAAGUCUGCUGUGGACAAAUUGGUGCUUUUGGUGCUCGGACCGGAUGGGUGGAGUUCAAACCAGACCAUCAACAUGGGAAAGCAGAACAGCAAACUCCGUCCCGAGGUGAUACAGGACCUGCUGGAAAACACAGACUUCACUGAGCAUGAGAUCCAGGAGUGGUACAAGGGCUUCCUGCGGGACUGCCCCAGCGGUGCGCUCAGCAUGGACGAAUUUAAGAAGAUCUACGGCAACUUUUUCCCCUAUGGAGACGCGUCAAAGUUUGCGGAGCACGUCUUCAGAACCUUUGACGCAAAUGGAGAUGGAACAAUAGAUUUCAGAGAGUUUAUCAUUGCCCUGAGCGUCACGUCACGCGGCCGUUUGGAUCAGAAGCUAAAGUGGGCCUUCAGUAUGUACGAUCUGGAUGGCAAUGGAUACAUAAGCAAGGCGGAAAUGCUUGAGAUUGUACAGGCCAUCUAUAAGAUGGUAUCUGCAGUGAUGAAGAUGCCAGAGGACGAGUCCACGCCUGAGAAACGCACAGAGAAGAUCUUCCGCCAGAUGGACACAAAUCGUGAUGGUAAGCUGUCACUGGAAGAGUUUGUAGAGGGAGCAAAGAACGACCCAUCCAUUGUGCGACUGUUGCAGUGCGAUCCCAGCAGUGCCGGCCAGUGAAUCAACAGCAUCUCGCUACUGUCAUAACCUCUCAUACACAAGUCUUUCUGUUCGGUCAGAGCCUGGACUCCAAAACUACACCCCUAUCUGUGCUGUCCUAUCUGAGUGUCUGCGAGUUUCCCACUGAACACCAGGCAUGGAAACCAUUUCGGACGCCCAUUUCGGCAACCAUUUUUUUCCCCACAGACACACGUCAGGUAACGUUCAGAAACUGAUAUACAGAGGUCAUGCACACUAAGCUUGUGUACAUGCGUCUCUCUGUACUUUGAAUUCCUCACAUAAGACUUUUACACAGUAACACAAUGCAAGUACUUUUGGUACUGAAAUAAACUCUUUCAAAAAGAGCUUUAAAAAUUAACAGAGGUUCUUUGAAAGGGAGCUGAAGCAAACUUUUCUAAGCAUGCAAAAUGCAUGGGAUAAUAUGACACUUGGUCAAAAAUCAGAUUGCAUAUGCUUUCUAAACACCAAACUAUAGUUUAUUUAAUAAUUAUUUUCAUGAAUUUACUAAAUUAAAUCAUUUUACAUAUACAAUAACAAUUGUCAUUCUUAGUGUUCCUAGUAUUUCAAUUCCAUUCAGCACAUAUAUCUAUUUAAGAGAGGCACUUGGGCGACAUAUCAAAGUUUUUUUUACUUGAAGUUUUUUUUCCCCAACAUUUAUUGCAUUAUGAUGUCAGAGCCUGUGAUAGAAAAUCUUAAAGAGAUGCUUGGGAUCAAAUUUUGUCAUGAUGGUGCUUCUUUUAUGAGCACCAGUAUAAUGUUUAAAAAUAAAAAAUUAUAAUAAUUCUUAAAAAAUAUUUUUUAAACAUUAAUACUUGCUGCAUAGGACUGAAAAUAACCAAAUAGUUAGAAAAUGUCAUUUAAGGACAGGGACGACAAUAAUAUUGAUCUCGCUGCUUCAAAAGAGAGGAAAUAUGAAAAAGUAUUAGACAAAAAAAUUGUAGAUUUAAUUAUGGUUUAACUUGGUGGGUGAUAAAAAUGUAUCACACCAUAAAAAAAGCUUAUCAUUAUGAAACUUCUGUUAUUGAAAUGACAUUUUCUUCUGUUUCAAAUAAUCAUUUGUACAGUAAAAGCAUAUCUAUGUUGCAUUGUGACAAUUUACAGCCAGCCAACAGAUUCACUAGCACACUUCAUAGAUUUCUAGCACACUUCCUGCUCUACCCAGACCUCGAUUCAGUCAAUGUUCUGCUCACACCUUCAAAAAAUACUACAUAUUAGCAGGAGCAACAUGCUAAAGCAAAUUCAAAUUUGACUGAAUCUUGGCCUUAGUAUUCAUUUCGGGUCUUUUAUUUUUAUAUCCUGGGUAAAAUAACAGCUCAAAUCAUUUUGCACAUACUGCAUGUGGGUCAAAUGAAUGUAUUCUCUGCAUUUUCUGGGACAUUCUGUACAUUUUAGGAUGAAUAUGUGCGUAUGUGGUAUGUAUGUGGUGCUUUUUGAGUACUCGUGUGUUUAUCCAGUGUUUGUCUAUGCAUACAUUUCGGUCAGCACUUGUGAGCGUUCUGUCAGACAUGACUAUGGAGAGACAAUUGAAGCGUAUAGGAAAGAAUAUUAAUGUGUAUGAAUAUGUCUGCACAUUCUCAGGGUUAGAAGUGACUGUGUUUUAAAAUGCAAGGGACUGUGUAAAUGGAUGACAUAUGCUUUUUGUGUAAUGCAAAUCCAUAGUACAUUUAUAAAUACACAAACACUCGCUCACAAGCAAACCACAUCUUAUUUGAGGCCACAUGUAAGAUGGAUAGCCAUCAGAAACUCUUUGCUGUGAAGUCAAUGUUGUAAUGAUCAAAUGUUUUUCAGCCACAUGCUGAUCAGAACAAUCGUGAAGGAGCUUGAAUAUAAAACUAAUAACAAAAGAAAAAAGCUUUUUUUUGUUUUUGUUUUUCAUGUUUGUUGACUCUCCUUCAAAAAAAAAAAAAAAAAAAAAAAAAAAAAAAACGAUUUAGCAUCUGGCAUUCUAAACCGCACAAGACAGCAACAUGUGGUCAAGUGCCAAACACAGAUAAAUAUAUAUGGCAAAACGAACAGUGUUCUAUCACUUUAUGCUGUACAACUGUUACCUGUCAAACUAAAUGUUUGUCAUUAUAAUUCUGUAGAUUUUAUAUGGUAACCUGUACAUUGUUUGAGUGUAGAUAUUAUAAACGCAGGCAUCUGUUUUGGUUAUAUCAUAAAUAAAAAUCUUAAAGAAAGAAAA